UCCGACCGUGCGCGUUUCGUGACGAACCGAAACGCAGGGGAAAAGGUGAAAGCUUUCGCCACAUCUUCCCGCAUCGGCAAUGCCCCCGCAUUCGAUUUGAGCGUGCUCGACGCGGACCCCCGAUUGACGCCUGGUGAAAGCUCCCGCUCCCGCUCGCGCCAUGGAUGCGUCGUCGAUCUCAGGACUGCAACAGAAGCACCAACAGGAUCUGGAAAAUUUGACUCUGACAACACAGCCAUACAAGACUUUGAAGUUCUUUGUUUUGGCCACUUUUCAGCAUUUCAAGCAUUUGAUAUCUUACCUAUUGGGGAAAGGGGGCUUGCUUCUGUUUCUAAGCGCCAUUACUGCGGCCCUCAGCUUUUUGCUGGUUACAGUUGAUGGAGCGCAUGAUAAGCAUGUCGAGGAGCUCUACAAGUACAUGCAAUUUGGGUUAUGGUGGAUAGCACUUGGUGUAGCUUCUUCAAUUGGUCUAGGAUCAGGUUUACACACUUUUGUCCUUUAUUUGGGUCCUCACAUUGCGCUGUUCACUAUUAAAGCAAUGCAUUGUGGGAGAGUUGAUAUAAAAACUGCUCCAUAUGACACGAUUCAGUUAAAGAAAGGUCCCUCAUGGCUUGAUAAGGAUUGUUCUGAAUUUGGACCUCCAUUAUUUGCACCUUUGCAUGGUCUGCGGGUACCUCUUAGCCACAUACUGCCUCAAGUUCAGAUGGAAGCUGUUCUAUGGGGCAUUGGAACGGCACUUGGAGAGCUUCCACCAUAUUUUAUCUCCAGAGCAGCACAGCUGUCAGGUAUCAAGUCAGAUGCCAUGGAAGACUUGGGUGGUUCCUCAAAGAAAGAGAAUGGUGUUAUUGCAAACCACUUCACACAAAUUAAAUACUGGCUCCUGUCACAUUCUCAAUAUUUGAACUUCUUCACCAUUUUGGUGCUUGCUUCAGUGCCAAAUCCACUAUUUGACCUUGCUGGAAUCAUGUGUGGUCAAUUUGGGAUUCCUUUCUGGAAGUUCUUUUUUGCAACAGUGAUUGGAAAGGCGAUUAUCAAAACCCACAUACAGACGGUUUUCAUAAUAUCUGUUUGCAACAAUCAACUCCUUAACUGGAUGGAGAAUGAGUUAAUUUGGGUUUUCAGUUUUGUACCUGGUCUGGCUCCAAUCUUGCCCGACAUCAUUGCCAAACUCAAUGCAGUGAGAGAUAAAUAUCAGGCAGCAUCCCCUCCCGUGACUUCAAAUGUAAAGGUGAAGAAAGGGUUCUCAUUUGCUUCGAUAUGGAACGGCAUCGUGUGGCUCAUGCUCAUUAACUUCUUUGCGAAGAUUGUGACUGAAACUGCCAAGAGCUAUCUCAAGAAACAGCAGGAGAAAGAGCUUGAAUCCUUGGACAGAUCAUCCGCAUCAAGCACGUUGAGGUAGGAACCCGACCGAGUGCAUCGACAAAGCGGCAGCUUUAAUAUGUCUGCUAUGUGGCACUUUUACCUCCUUUCCAAGUGCAAGGUAAAUAAAAUUGAAGUGGUAACUCUUACAAGCCCGGGGUGAUGCCGAAAAGUCUGCAGUCUUGGCACUUCUAUAGAAGAUUGUGCAUAAAUAGGAUGAUGGUAGGGCCUAAUCAACAAUUUGGAAAUGAAAUCUAGUAAUUCUUUCUGAACACAGAAACACAUUUGCUCGAUUGUGCUGGAAUUUCGAUUCAGAGAAUUCUUCGUCUUUCCUAGAUGAUACUCUGUAUAUAUCAACAUCAGUAAUGGGAUGCAACAUCAGCCUAAAAGAAAAUCUCAAUAUGCAAUAUAGACCAUGUAUUGCAUGAGCA